AUGCCGACGACUUGCACACUACCUCGAGCACACAUCCGCGAUUCAUCGAAAGUAUUCAAGCACGAGAAGAAGUUGGCUGAUCGUGUCUGUGCGGACAAGUCCAAGGAUGUGGAAGGCGUCCAGCGAUUGCUUGAGUCGGAGCUCCGCGAUGAUUUCACCCUGAUCACUGGGGAUGAUGUCGAAAUCAAAGGCUGCAGAGAGUUCCUCAGCUGCAUAUGCACUUACUUCUCCAUUCAAGAAGAGUGGAAUCAAAAAGAAGUGCGAGUACACACUGAGAAAGAAAUCACCCAGAAAUUCAUGGAGUUCGUUUACUCCGGGACCAUCUCUUUCACCAACGACGACGUUUUCGAUUUGAUGUUCUUGUCGGAUUUCUUCGGUUGUGAUUGUCUCAUCACGAUCUUGGUCGAACACAUGAAGCGCAGUUGGUUCCCUCUGCACUUGUCCCUCCCUAUCUGUGAUACCUUCAUCCAAACCAAGGGUGUGAGGGCCGUUCUCAAGAAGAAGCUGAAUCUGCUGCCCCUUUGUGUCUUCAAUUCGGAGGACGAGAGCGUCGGAGAAAGAGAGCUCGGCCUCUUGGAAUUGCAUCACAUGAAGAUGAUGCUGGCCUCCGAUGACCUCAUGGUUGGGAGUGAAGACGACGCACUGAAGUUGAUCCUCAAGUGGGCCGAAGUCACCGAGGCAUCUGAGGCCGACAAACUGGAACUGAUCAAGCUGAUCCGGCUUCCGCUGAUCAGUCGUGCUAUGCAGAAAACACUCGCGGCAGCGGAAUUCGACCUGCCUGCGAUCGACCCCAAGUGCUUCGCCUACUCCGAGGGAUGCAAGGAGCGCAGAUUCUCAGACCGUCACGUCCACGUGUUCUGGAAAGAGCACCGCCGCAACUUCAGAGGGCCCGUGAGCUAUGCUAUCACUUGCCUUAGGUGGAACAAGCACACCGGCACCGUCAAGUCGGAAAAUCUGAUCAGUUUCGGCAGUGAUGAUCCGGCCUAUAUUAGCAAUUAUUACAGCGAUGAAUACGCGGUCUGUGGGAAGGCUAUCGUUAGAGCAGAAGAAAACAGGUCCCGGGACAGGAUCCAUAUCACUGAGUUUGACCUGAAGACGAUGAGUGCGAGGACCAGGCCCGUCAUUAAGUUGCUGCCCGAGGGCAUAAUGGUCCGUGAUCAUUUCCUUCUUGUGAAUAAGGGCGAAGAGUGCGCGAUCUUCUUCAGCGACGAUCGGAAGGAGAUGAAAACUUACAAUACGAUAACCUGGGAGGUAAGCAGCGGCCACGGCGGUUCGACUUCGGAGUACCCGGUAUCGGCUUCGGUUACCAUGAUGUGA